AUGUUUGCCCGAAAGGGUAAAUCAUCGGAUGUGCAAGCAAGUAUAUCUCGAUUCACUGAUUUGAACAGGGAUUGUGUCAGUCGAGUGAAACAUUUGAAGAUACUUCUUGAUACGUUGACCACUAAUGAAAAGCGUCAACUUCUCGAUGAACACAGUUUUGAAACAUUUCAUUUAGUGGAUGAACUUCUUCUCGUGAAUGAUGUUUCCAGUCAAAUUGAUAGUGCAAUCGAAGCAGAAUCAGGAUUAUGGACAUUAGAACAAGUUCUUUGUUUGGCACCUGAAUUAGUUGGAAGUGGUUGGCAACGUCAUGCAAUCGAAUCUCUUCUCAAGAAGGCGGUUUAUCCCAAAAAUUUGAUGGCAGUUCGAAAAAUUGCGAUUCGGCUUUUCCUCGUCUUCUAUCAAUGUCUUGGAGUAUAUGGAAAAGCAACACCUGAUCUCGAUCGUGUUUUUCAAUGUCUUCUACCAUUUUUCCCUUUGAAAAGUGGAGAAAAUGCAGAAGACGUUCUUAACGAGUACUGUCAGUCAUCUGGAACCGGAGAUUGGUGUGAACGAUUGAGAAAUGGACCGAUUAAAUCAACUGCAUCAGCUGCACAGACUUCAAAAGAAAGAGCACAAAUGCUUCAAGUAUAUUUAGAUAAAUUCUUGGAAUAUUGUACACGAGAAACAGUGAGAAUUGAGUGGAAUGAUGAGGGAAAACGACAAGAAUGUGCCAAUUUUAUAAUUGAUAAAGUAAUAAAACUGUACAUGGGAGAAUGUUUCACUGAAUUGGAAACCAAUGGAGUAGAUGUCUUUGGUGGAUGGGAAGGUGCAGAUGAACAAGGAGAACCAUUAGAUACAGCAGAUCCUGUGGUUAUUGCAAGAUAUUGGUUAAUUCGAUGGAUUAAUAAUAUCGCAUCAGCGACACAUCAACCAACAAAUGGACCACCACAAUCAGCUCACUCGUCACUAAUUCUGUAUAGAAAUGCGUUGUUUUCAUCGCAUAAGGCCACGAACGUCGCUCUUACUCUAAUGAGGGAAGCUAUGAAACUACCAUUAGCGUGCUCAAAUGUGACUCACAAAGUGGUGAAUGUGCUGUCUUCGUGGCUUCUACAGUAUGAAAUUCCACCAUUCGUUGCUUCAGGAGAAGUGUCGAUUGAGAGAUGUUCACUGUUAUUGGCUAAUAUUCUUCUCAGUUUCUUUCAUAGUCCAUAUCUGGCGCAAAGCGGAGAAAGGCAUUCUUCUGCAAUUUCCAUUGCAUUUGCCAUUCUUACCUCUUGCAAACAGUUGGUAUCUCAUCGUAUUCAGCUUCCAAAACCUCUACCACAGAAGUUUUGGUCUGAAUUAAUGAGUGGUCUAUGUGCUGUUGCUUCGAAGAUUUGUCAUCAAUCGGAUAUUUUCUCUCAACAUGUUUCAGCUGCAUUCACUUCAACUCUUAUUUCAAAUGUUGUUAUUAUAAAAGCAGUGAGAAGAAUUGAAAUUGAUGACGACGUGUGGGAUGAGGUACACGAAGUUAUGAAGAGAGGUGUAUGGAUUCCAAUGGCUGAGCAAUGGGCUGCGAUAGUGAACAGUGUAACACGAGCUUUAAUUCUCCAUCUCGCUCACAUUGAUAUAUUUUCCCGUGAAGAAGCUCUCCGAAAAGCAACAGAGGUAUCUCAAACAAGUAGAAGACAAGCAAUUGAAUCAGCCAAUGCAAUGGAAGAACCGAGAAAAGAAUCAUCAGAAGCUGGAGAUUCAAUGUCGUCAACGAAUACGAUUUCAGAGGAUAAUGUAUUCCACGAUACAGAUGAUAUCACCAAUGCUGUGACGUCGUGGUCUGGGGAUAAAUUGGCUUGGCUUCAAACAUGGCGUCGAGUGAUUUCACUAGUCGAUCCAUACACAAAUUCUAGUGCACACGUGGCGAUCGACUGCAUGUCAUUGACAAUCAAAAAUUUGUUAUCUGUCAAUCUCCACCCGCUUGCUCAUUGGCUCGCUUGUCGUCUUGUCACCGUACCACCAAUUCUCCUUCCACGUUGCGUUCCUGCUCUAUCUGCAAUUUUGAACGAGUCAAGUGUUCGACGUCCUCCACCACUCCUCUCAGCCAACAUUUUACUCUGUUUUAUUCGUCUGAUGCAAUCGAAAGAACAAUCGGUCGUUCCGGCAAUAUGCGGACUUUCAGCCAAUGAACUUUCAAUAGUAGCACCUAGAGCUUUAGAGCAUCUGCCAAAAAUGCUUCAAGCUGCUCGGACUUCCAAGGAUUCAAAAAUGUCCUCGAACUCUCUCAAGCUUUUCGCAAUGCUCUCUUCAAGCUAUCCCGGAGCAGAGCAGAUCCUUCUCGAUCAUUUGGUGCAUACUGAUGUCUCUGAAAACGCCGUGGUCAUUGUCAACACUCUGGCAAUCCUCAUUGUUCAGAAAGCACAAAUCGACUUGGUUCUAUCAGCCCUGAAAGUUAUCGAAACUCAUCAAUUUGCUAUGCGUUUGAUACCGCUUUUCUGCUCAGCCAUUGCCACUUUGGCUCAGUUUUCAAGUACAACUUUGCUCCAAGCAUUGCUCCGAGCAGCUAGUCUUCUCAGAGAUGAGCGACAGAGAACUGAAAUUGAGUGGCAGAUGGUCAAACUAUGUGUACAAUGGCCUCAACCACAGAUGCCGCUUGUCAUCAGAGGAAUUCUAGCUGAUCGUCACAUGGUACUUCAUGGAGAAUUAGUAGGAUUAGGAGGGCAGUAUCCCAUAAGAGGAUUCGACGUGUCACGAUGGAACUCUUCUGGAUCGCAAGCUCCAGGAUCGCAGGCAACAAGUCAAGAGGAUAAAACCGUCUACAUUAAUCGACAGACCGCUAUCAUUUCCCUAUCCAGACCUACUCCCUCUAAAUUUGAAAUCACUUCCCGAACAGUUGUUGCUCGUCACAUCUGGGAUCUCGACACUCUUGAAACUCCACGCCCAUCUACCCGUCACGUCACUAACUGGCUCCGGAAAGAAGCUCUGAAAGGCAAAAAACCGGGGAGGGAAUCUCAAGGAAUUUUGGGAGCCAUGGAUGAUCCAUUCGAUGACUUGCCAAGAGCGCCCUCAUCUGCCUCUACCGGAACUGGAUCACUUGGGUCCGGGGUCCUUGGUUCUCCUGUCGAAGGAUCAGCUCAAUUUGCAUCUAUGAUUGAAACAUCCAGACGACAACCACAGCCUCUCGGAUCAGGUUCUGGUACAAUGGGUUCUGGACCAGUUGGUUCAGGUCCAACUCCUGCUUUCACUCCAAACUCAAAACUUCUAGAAUGGAGAUCUCUAUCAGCAUCUCUUGGAUUUGUCCCUCUAGUUUCACAAGUUCACACAAAUUUCCUCCGAGAUUUGAAGCAUUUGGAUCAAACUUCUUCACGAGAAGUUCACAAAGUUGCUGUGAUUUUCGUUGGUGAUACUCAAGAAGACCGAGCUUCCAUUCUAUCAAACACUUCUGCUUCGCCACAAUUCGAUGACUUCGUCUCGGAACUUGGAUGGGAGAUAAAAGUUGGAAGAGGUCACGAAGGAUAUUCUGGAGGACUUCCUGUCGAAACAAGAGCUCCGUACUAUGCAGAUGCAGAAUCUGAAUGUAUAUUCCAUGUAUCCACGUGGCUAAAUGGAGACGUUCAGCAAAAAUGGAAGCAUAUCGGAAACGAUGAAGUGCAUGUUGUGUGGACGGAGAAUUAUCGAAAAGUGUACACAAGAGAAACGAUUGCAACGAAAUUCUGUGAUGUAUUGAUCGUGUUGGAACACGUUGGAGAUAAGAUGGUCCGUGUUCGUGUCGACACUGCUUCUGCUCUCGAGUUUGGCCCACUUUUCGAUGGAGCUCUAGUGACAAUGUCUGAGUUGUCUCAAUUGGUUAGACUCACUGUGAUCAAUGCUUCCCGUGCUUAUCGUUUGGCUCGUGUCGAACACUCUCGUCCACUUCGUCAUCGAGAAGAAGUUUUUUGUAAUGAAGCUUUAGGUCAUAUGAGACCAAUGGCUUUGGCUCAAUCCAUUAAUCACUUGUAUGUACCCACUAUUUAA